UCUGCAUGUUCCGCGGAGCGGUGGAAAAAGCUGCGUGGUGAAAGUACUCCAGCAUGCUGCGAGGAGGGAAGCAAACUGGAUUUUCUCCUGUGUCCUUCUUGCUGAAGUAAAAGAAACCUCUGUCCUCCCCAUGCUAACUGUUGACAUGGAAAACAAGGAAAAUGGCUCUCUGGAUGUCAAAAAUUCAGUAGAGAACGGCAGACCUCCAGAUCCUGCUGACUGGGCUGUUAUCGAUGUUGUGAAUUACUUCAGAACAGCUGGAUUUGAAGAACAAGCCAAUGCUUUUCAAGAACAGGAAAUUGAUGGCAAAUCAUUACUGUUGAUGACAAGAAAUGAUGUACUGACUGGACUUUCAUUAAAACUGGGGCCUGCGCUGAAAAUCUAUGAAUAUCACGUAAAACCUCUACAGACACAACAUCUAAAGAACAACUCUUUAUAGCGAAUUGUCUAAUUGGGGUCGUGUUGUGCCUCAAACAAUAAAUAAGCAAUUUGGUUUCAUGUGAUGGAACUUUGUAAAGAGAGAAUAUAUCUAUUAAAGAAUUUAAACCAAAUUACAAUAUAUAUCCUAUUGGAUAGAGUUGGCAAUAUACUAUAUACUGAGUCUGAACUGAGAGAGGUGGUGUGUAUUUUUUACAUAGUACAUAAUGAUUUUCUCUUUUAGGAGUUGUCAAUGAGCAUGUUGAGAUAGCUACGUCACUGUAUCCAGAACAAAAGGGAGGUAUGUCAUUCUCAUUUUUGAGCCGGACUUGUUCUUGACUUCAUGAAUUAAAAUACCAAAAAAAAACCCCAAAACCCCAAAUAAAGUUUACAUGCAUCUUUGGGAGAGAGAAACCAAUUCAAGUAGGUUUUAGUUUACAUUAAAGACCUACUAAAAUUACUACUUAUAAUUUUAGGAUGGGACUGACGCUUGCCAACUCACCCUUUUUUGCAGAGGGUCCUAUUUUGACCUUAUUAAGGUUUACUUGUGGUAUGCUGCAAUGUUUAAAGCUGUACAUACAACUAA